UUUCAUUAAAAACUAGUAGCACAUUUCUAAGAUGGCGUAGAGAAAAAGCCAAAGAGAACAAAGACAAUUUCAUGACAGAGAUUUAAAAAACCCUAUGGAAAAUACUAGAAGGUGGUGAGAUAGGAAGCUGAUAAAUGAACAAAUUGUCCCUUAUCUUUCUUAUCUCCUACGCUAGUGUACUAUAAAAAGGGGGAUGAGAGUGCAAUCACAACAUGACUGAGAAGUUCUAGAAACAAAGAACUUGUUAAGUGAGAAUCAGUAAGCAUUUUUUAAGCAGCAGUAAGAAUUAAACUGUAUAUGAUGGCUGAGCCUAAGAUCCAACACAGCCUGAGGUCUCUGCUCUGCACUGAGGAAAGAGAUUUCCUGAUCAGAAACAAUGGAGAACAGGUUAAAGUAGAGAAGCUGGAAGGGAAGAUAGUGGGUUUGUAUUUUUCUGCCCACUGGUGUCCUCCAUGCAGAGCAUUCACCCCUGUUCUUUCAGAAGUAUAUACAAAGCUAGCGGAGAAGGGGGAUUUUGAGAUCGUCUUUGUGUCUGACGACGAAGACGAGAAAUCAUUUGAAGAGUAUCACAAGACCAUGCCAUGGCUUACCUUGCCAUUGUCAGAUACAGAGGCCAAAGAGAAACUUGAUCAGGAAUUUGAUAUCAAAGGCAUUCCCACCCUUAUCUUUUUGGACGAGAAGUGCAAAACUAUUAGUACUGAUGGUGUAAGUAUCAUUGGAGAUUAUGGCGCGGAGGCAUAUCCAUUUAGCAAAGAGAGGCUUGCUGAACUUAAAGCUGAGGAAGAGGCCAUUAGGCUUUCACAGUCCUUGAAUUCUCUUCUUGUGUCUCCCGACAGAGAUUAUGUCAUUGGCAAUGGAGAUAAAAAAGUGCCUAUAUCGGAGCUGGUAGGCAAGACUGUUUGUCUCUAUUUCUCAGCUCAUUGGUGUCCUCCUUGUAGAGGGUUUACUCCAAAGCUUAUACAAUUCUACAAUGAUCUGAAGAGUAGGGGUGAGGACUUGGAUAUUGUGUUCAUCUCUAGCGACCGAGAUGCGGAGACCUUCGAAGAAUAUUUUGGAAGCAUGCCAUGGCUUGCUCUGCCUUUUCGAGACCGACAGGCCAAGAAUCUGGGGCGAUACUUUGAAGUCGAGGGCAUUCCAACCUUGAUUGUGCUUGGUCCAGAUGGGAAAACAUUACAAACUGAAGCUGUGGGACUGGUUAUGGAACAUGGUGUUGAAGUUUAUCCAUUUACGAAGGAGAAAUUGGAGGAACUCAAAGCCAAAGAGGAAGCUAUACGUGCUGCACAGACCUUGGAAUCUCUGCUAGUCUCCGUUGAGCGCAAUUUUGUUAUCACAAACAGUGGUGGAAAGGUGCCAGUUUCUGAGCUCACGGGCAAGACCGUUGGUUUAUAUUUUUCUGCUCAUUGGUGCCCACCUUGCCGAGCAUUCACACCAAAGCUUGUACAAGUAUACAACAAGCUCAAGCAAAAUGGAGAAGCCUUUGAGAUUGUUUUCCUCUCUAGUGACAGAGACCAAGAAGCCUUUGAUGAGUACUAUGCAAGCAUGCCAUGGUUAGCUCUUCCAUUUGGAGACAAAGUUAAGAAGGAUCUAAGUCGCUACUUCCACAUCAAAUCAAUUCCAUCUUUGGUCAUAGUUGGACCCGAUGGGAAAACUGUGACAACAUAUGCUACAAACAUUGUUUCUGCCCAUGGGGCCAAGGCUUAUCCCUUUACUGAUGCACGCCUCGUAGAGCUGCAGAAAGAAAUAGAAGCAGCAGCAGAGAAAUAUCCAAAGGAAAUAAAUCAUGACCUGCAUGAACAUCCUCUCAAUUUGAUGCAGAGGAAGGAUUAUAACUGUGACGGGUGUCAGGAAGAAGGUAGUGGUUGGUCUUUCUACUGCAAAGGCUGUGAUUUUGAUCUUCAUCCAGAUUGUGCUUUGAAGGAUAACCGCUCUGAUGGAAAUGAGAAACAGCAAACACAUCUUGAAAAUGGGGACAAGCCAGCAGAAGUCAUCUGUGAAGGAGAUGUUUGUCGAAGGGUUUAAGCAUGCAAGAAAGUAAGGCCUUCAGAGGGCUUUUCUUAUAGCAAUAUAUUAUAUGGAGAGUUAUAUACUACAUAGGCAGUUUGAACAUAAUCUCUCUCUCUGUAAAUAGUUGCACGGAAGAUUUUAUGGCCUUAAGCUUAUUUAGUAUUUGUAUGAUAUGAACAUCUUAUUUAAAAGAGGGUCUAUAGCUACUAAAUACAUUUCAACUGCUUUUGGAUGUUUA